CUCCCUCCCGCGGCUCCCAGCGCUCCCAACCGUCAGCGCCUGCUGCCAGGCAGCGGCGGGGAUGGCGAGCCGCGAAGCCGAGGCGGUGACGAGAGCAGCGGGUCUGCCAUUGGACAAGGAGGCCUGAGGGACUGGCCAGCCGUGCACAAGGAGAGACCGAGGCGGGUUGCCCCGAGAGAGCCAGGGCCAUGGAGGCCAACAUGCCGAAGCGGAAGGAGCCCAGCAGGUCCCUCCGCAUCAAAGUCAUCUCCAUGGGCAACGCCGAAGUGGGGAAAAGCUGUAUUAUAAAGCGAUACUGUGAGAAAAGAUUCGUGUCUAAAUACCUGGCAACAAUUGGAAUUGACUAUGGAGUCACAAAGGUACACGUCAGAGACAGAGAAAUCAAAGUUAACAUCUUUGAUAUGGCUGGACAUCCCUUCUUCUAUGAGGUUCGAAAUGAGUUUUACAAGGACACACAGGGUGUGAUACUGGUCUAUGAUGUUGGGCAGAAAGACUCCUUUGAUGCCCUUGAUGCAUGGCUGGCAGAAAUGAAGCAAGAGCUUGGACCUCAUGGAAACAUGGAAAAUAUUAUAUUUGUAGUUUGUGCCAACAAGAUUGAUUGUACCAAGCACCGCUGUAUAGAUGAAAGUGAAGGACGUCUUUGGGCUGAAAGUAAAGGGUUCCUGUACUUUGAAACUUCAGCACAAACUGGAGAAGGCAUUAAUGAGAUGUUCCAGACCUUUUAUGUAUCCAUAGUUGAUUUAUGUGAAAAUGGCGGGAAACGCCCUACUACAAAUAGCAGUGCUAGUUUCACCAAAGAACAGGCAGAUGCCAUUCGCAGAAUUCGAAAUAGUAAAGACAGUUGGGACAUGCUGGGAGUCAAACCUGGGGCCUCAAGGGAUGAAGUCAAUAAAGCGUAUCGAAAACUUGCUGUGCUUCUUCACCCUGACAAAUGUGUAGCACCUGGUAGUGAAGAUGCCUUCAAAGCAGUUGUGAAUGCUCGGACAGCCCUCCUGAAAAACAUCAAGUAGAAGGUAGAGAAAAAAGCCAAGUGUGGGACUCAAGCGCAAACAGACUUUCCCUAGAGGUGAAAUAACCAACAUGGAGUUUUCCUUCCCAGAAUCUCACUGCUCUUUUUAUUCAUUUGUGUGUUAGUAAUUCAGGUGUCUGUUGCCAUUUCAUAGGCAUUUUACUGAGAGAUGAUCUGCACUUGUAUGAAGUGAAGAGAACUGAGCAUCACUUACACCCUAUGCUUCAUUUCAUAUUUCUAGGUAAUCUGAUUUUUUUUCACAUUCGUCAGCUCUGUAACUGUAGCAUCCCUUAGACAUUUCACUUGGGGAAAUCCACGAGGUUUCUGGAGGGAGGGAAGAGAGGACAAGAGGACCCUUUCCCUUUUUCUUUUUUACUCAGUUCAUCAUCAGAGAAGAGAAUAAGAAAAAUGGAAGCAAACAACAUCAGAUCCCCUGUAAGUUUAGCGUGAUCUUACAGACAAGUUGCUGCUUAUUUUACAGUAAGUUCCUUAGGUGGUAUUUUAACCAUCGCUCUGUAAUGAUGAGUCUUGGCAGCCCCUUGGGAGUUUAUAAAAUGAGGCGAUUCAGUUCUGAAUUGAGCAGUCCUUUAUGACAUUCACUCUGUUCCCCUUCUGCAGCCACCAGGGGGAGAGACAAGCCAGUCCUAAGAGAAAAGGUGGUGGCAGCCACAAAUUCUAGGUACAUUGGCUGCUGCUCAUCCUGCCCCUGGAUCUGAGGCCUUUCCUUUGCCAUAGAAAUGGUUGCUGGUAGCAGUAGAGAGCACUGUGCACCUGGGAAUGAGGAAUGAGACCCCAGGAAGAAGUACUUGCAGAAGCCAGGCACAGUAGUAUCCACCUGUAGUGCCAGCUACUCAGGAGGCCAAGACAGGAGAAUUGCUUGAGCCCAGGAGCUUGAGUCCCACUUGGGCAACAUAAUAAAACUUUGUCUGUU